AUGAAAGUGUUCUGGAACAUAGACCAGGUAAAACAUGAUGAUAGAGAGUUUGCAGAUCUGUUUAAUAACUCUGAAUACAGUCAGAGGCUUCAGUAUCUGGGAGACAAACAGCAGAACUGCACCGUCAGACUGAGUCAUGUGACAAAGAAAGAUGAACACCAGUAUUAUUUCAGAUUCACUACUAAUGGAACUGGAGGAAGGUGGAUUGGUAUUCCAGGAGUGCGUCUCUCUGUCACAGAUCUUCAGCUGGUGUCUCCUGAGAGAGUGACAGAGGGAGAUUCAGUCCGUCUGACAUGUAACAGCAGCUGUAAACUGACUGACACACCAACAUUCAUCUGGUACAGAAACUCACACACAUUGACUAAUAUUGGAGAUGAACUCAACAUCAGGUCAGUCAGUAGAACAGAAGCAGGACACUACAGCUGUGGUGUGCAGGGACAAACCUACAUCUCUCCUGCUGUUUAUCUCAAUGUCACAUAUGCUCCAGAUACUCCUGUGAUCUCCAUCAGUGGAUCUGCUGUAAUAAUGUCUGGAGAUUCAGUGACUCUGAGCUGCAGCAGCGACUCAAACCCUCCCGCAGAAAUCAACUGGUUUAAAGGAAAUAAAGCUCUGGAUUCUGGAAGAAUCUUCAACAUCUCUGAUGACAGUGGAGAAUACAAGUGCAGAGUCAGAAAUGACCAUGGAGUGAAAUACUCUGUUGCUGUGAUUUUAAAUGUGCAGUGUGAGUUUAUGAUGGUUCAGCAACUGAUACAUUAAACCCACAAAAUGUAAUCUGUGACACCAUAUCACA